UUUCGUAGGAUUUUUUUCCGCUUCAUUUUGCCUCAUGCGACACCACUGUUUGUUUUUCCUGGCGCCUGAUACUAUUGUCAUCUAGAAUCUUGCGAGACAUUAAUUUCUAUUGCGUAAUAAGUCGGGUCUGUGUGUAACAUAUUUUGAGGGGCGUGGGGAGAAAUUAAUGAACUGUAUUUCUCGAAAACGAUUUUUCCGUGUUGGCUAGCGACUGGCGACAUUUUUUUUAAUGAUCGCCACUCCUGAAAAAGGCGCAGCAGCGACGUAAUUAUUUGUCGACAACCCUAGCUUGUGACGUCAUAAUGUCGUUUGUAACAAAGGCAAAAUAUUCGGCCAGCGCGCGUCCUUAUACAAAGCUCUCCCCCAAACGCAUCUCAUGCGGUCUCUUAUUAUUUGGGAGCGUCACCCUGCCCAUGAGAAUCAUGGCCAAUCUCAAGGGAGAAACCAAGAAAGAAUCCAAAAUGAGGAUACGCGCCUUCCCUAUGACAAUGGAUGAGAAAUAUGUGGAGAACAUCUGGGCCCUGCUAAAGAAUGCCAUCCAGGAGAUCCAGAGGAAAAACAAAAGCGGGCUGAGCUUCGAGGAGCUGUACAGGAAUGCCUACACCAUGGUUCUGCACAAGCAUGGGGAGAAGCUCUACACAGGCCUGAGAGAGGUUGUCACAGAGCAUCUCAUCAGCAAAGUACGCCAGGAUGUCCUCAAAUGUCUAAAUAACAAAUUUCUGCAAAUCCUAAAUCAAGAGUGGAAUGAUCAUCAAACUGCCACCAUCAUGAUCAGAGACAUCCUCAUGUACAUGGACCGAGUUUAUGUUCAGCAAAACAGCGUGGAGAAUGUGUACAACCUCAGCGUCGUCGAAUUCAGAGACCAGGUGGUCCACGACAGCUGCAUUCGAAAACACCUUUGGCAGACGCUACUGGACAUGAUUAAACGAGAGAGGAGGGGAGAAGUUGUAGACAGGGGAUCCAUCAGAAACACCUGCCAGAUGCUGAUGGUUCUCGGCCUGGACAGCAGGAUUGUAUACGAGGAAGACUUUGAGCGUCCCUUCUUAGAAAUGUCAGCUGAAUUCUACCAGAUGGAAAGCCAAAGGUUUCUCGCCGAAAACAGCACCAGCAUCUACAUUAAGAGGGUGGAGGCCAGAAUCCACGAGGAGAUAGAGCGCGUCAAUCACUGUUUGGACAAGUCGACGGAGGAUUCCAUUCUCAAGGUGGUGGAAAGGGAGCUGAUAACAAAACACAUGAAAACCAUAGUGGAGAUGGAGAACUCCGGCAUGGUCCACAUGCUGCAGAAUCACAUCACAGAAGACCUUUUGUGCAUGUACAAGCUGUUCAGCCGUGUCCCCAACGGCCUAAAAACAAUGUGCGAUUGUAUGAGCUUGUACUUGAGAGAGCAGGGCAGGGCUCUAGUGUCAGAAGAAGGAGAGGGCAAAAAUCCCGUCGACUAUAUCCAGGUAUACUGAUUGGGGAAGCAAACGCCACAUUCUGAACUACUGGGAAAUGUCUUGGGAUGCACGUAUGCCAUUUUUUUUUUUUUUAAUGAAGUAAUGUAAUCAUUGGGACGAGCAUAUGCUCCUGGGAGGAUCACCCAGGCAGCCGCGGGAGCUUGUGGGCGGGUGCACGUGGAACGGAGGAUGAGAUGGGGUCCGAGAAACCUUUGUGAUUGUCGGACGGGCCGCCGC